AUGUGGAGGGCGGAGCCUGGGAAAACCCCUCGCAACGCUGCACUGAACAAAGCGCUGCGCCUGCCAGGAGGAGGGGGGAAUGGAAGUGCCAGCUCAGAAAGGAGCCUGGAGUGGCUGCAGAGAGCCGGGGAGGAGGAGGAGGAGGAGGAGGAGGAGGAGGAAGGCGGCGGCUGCAGCCGACACCGCAGCCCCGAGCCGCCGGCCCGCCACCCCCUCCAGCUCCAGCCGCAACUCGGGGGGCCGAGCCCGCGCCGUGACCCGCCUCCCCAUCCCCCCCCCCACCCCCCGGCUGCCCAACAGCCGCGGGCACGCACUCCCAACCCGGAAAGAAACUCCCCAGGUGGCCGGGACUACACAGGCACUUGGAGCCGAAAGAACGAAAGGAAAAGCGGAGCCACAAAGCUGGGAGGUUGCGAAGCCGAGGCCUGGGGGCUUGCCUGCCCGGCCGGCCCUGCCCGCCUCCCCGCCCGCCCGCCCGCCGAGCCCGCGCCCAACCUGCUGCCAGGACGCCCGGCCGAGCGCCCGCCGCUGCCAGCCGGCCCUCGGACGGAGCUGCGCCCGCUGAUGGCGGCAGCCCCGCAGCUCACAAUCUCCGCGACCCCCGCGCGCCGGCGGCGGCUGCGGCUGCGGCGGCUGCGGCGCCUGGGAUCCCUCCUUCACUUGACAACCCCAAACACAAACAUGACCUCCGCCGGCUUUUGCGCCUGCCGCCCGGCCCCUCCCCGCCGCCCGCCGCCACAGGCCACGCCGAAGGCCGCCGACCGGGCGCUCACGCCACCCGCCGCUCCACUCUCCCACAGGGGCGCGGGGCCGGGGGCGCGCGGCCGGGCGCCGGGAGGGAGGCUCGGGCCCCGCGGGCUUUACCUCUCCCGCACGGUUAGCGUCUGCGGGGAGAGGCGGGGGAGGGAAGGCAGGCCGGAGGUCGGAGGCUUCCCCGCGGGUGGGCGGGGCGGCCGGGGAUCCCCGGGGGCGGAGGGGGGCGUCCCGCGGCGCCGGAGGGCGGGGACACCCCGCGUGGGCCCCGGGCGUGGCGGGCGCUCCCCGGCGGGGCGGGCCCAUGGGCCGCCGGGGCCGCCUCAGCUCCCUCGGCCGCCGGGGCCCCUCAGCUCCCUCAGCCGCCCCGGCCCCUCAGCCGCCUCGGCCCCUCAGCCGCCUCAGCCGCCUCAGCCGCCUCAGCCGCCUCAGCCGCCUCAGCCGCCUCGGCCGCCUCGGCCGCCCCGGCCGCCCCGGCCCCUCAGCCGCCCCGGCCGCCCCGGCCCCUCAGCCGCCCCGGCCGCCCCGGCCCCUCAGCCGCCUCAGCCGCCCCGGCCGCCCCGGCCCCUCAGCCGCCCCGGCCGCCCCGGCCCCUCAGCCGCCUCAGCCGCCCCGGCCGCCGCGGGCUGGGGGGCGCGGAAGCCGGGCCGGGGCGGGCUCCGGGCGCGCGGGGGGCGGGCCGGCGGUCACGCGGCGUGGGGCAGGCCCGGCCACCGCGCGGUCGGGGGCGGUUUGGGCCGGCCGGAGGCGGGGUCGGGCACCGCCCCAGUGACCCCGCGAGUCCACCGGCCCGGCGGGCGCAGGUGCAGCCCCCCGCUGGAGCGUGGGACCAGCCAGCGAGCGGCCCGGGGUCGGAAGCAAGGCCAGGUCACCGAGUCGGGCUCCACGCGCCUGUGGGGCCAUCCGGGGCGCGCGCACCAGGCCCCGCGGGGCCCUGAGCCCGGCUUCCCACGCGCGGCGCCUCCACGGCGCAUCCCCGGCCCUCCGGCCCCGCAGCGCCCGCGCCCCGCCGAGAUCCCGGAGCUGCCUCCCCGCCCGCGGCCGCCGCCGCCGCCGGGUCACGCCGCCCGGCCCUCCCCUCGGCCCUCCGCCCUGCAGCCGGGGCGCGCGCGCAGGGCUUCCCCGGCCGCCGGCCGAAUCCCCUCCUCUUCCUCCUCCUCCUCCCGGCGACAAAAACCUAGCCCCCCACCCUCCUCCACGCUCCCCCCAGGCUGA